AAGAAACAGCCAUUAUACCCACAACAACCCAUACAAUGGUGAACCCGCAAGAGAAAGAAGACAAAGACAAGCAGCAGGAGAAGAAGGAAGAGGUUGAUGCUAAGCCCAGUGGCGCGAAGACCAAUGGCAAGGAUGGCAAGAAGAAGGCCGAGGAGUUGUCAGAAGAAGACCAGCAACUAAAGUCAGAACUUGAGAUGCUUGUGGAGCGCUUGAAGGAAUCAAAUACCGACCUCUACAAGCCGGCACUGGAAUCACUCAAGACGCUUAUUCGUACCUCGACAUCCUCUAUGACCGCCGUUCCCAAACCUCUAAAGUUUCUCCGUUCUCAUUACCCCAACCUGACAAAGCUCUUCGACACAUGGCCGGCAGGCGAGAAUAAGGACGCGUUUGCGGACGUGCUUUCAGUGUUGGGGAUGACAUAUGCCGAAGACGGACGCAGGGAUUCUCUGAAGUACCGUCUUCUUGGACCAAAUGAGGACCCUGCCGUCUGGGGUCACGAAUACGUUCGUCACCUUGCUAUGGAGAUCGGGGAGGAGUACUCGGAACGGACAUUGAAGGACAUUCCAGACAGCACCGACGACAUUAUGGACCUCGCCAUGCAACUUGUACCAUUCUUCUUGUCCCACAACGCUGAGGCCGAUGCAGUCGACCUUUUGUUGGAGCUUGAGGCGAUUGAGAAGUUGCCGCAAUUUGUUGAUGCGGAGACCGCGGCUCGUGUGUGCUUGUACAUGGUGUCUUGUGUGAACCUCCUGGCUCCGCCAGACGAUGUGAACUUCUUGAAGACUGCGCACGAGAUCUACAGGAAACAGAACCAGCUUCCGCAAGCCAUGACCCUGGCUAUCCGCUUGGACGACCAUGAUUUGAUUCAAGAAGAUUUGGCAGCAGCAGGUGAUGACAAGGCAUUGAAGCAGCAAUUGGCUUUCAUGCUCGCUCGUCAGCAGAUUUGGUUGGAGAGUGAGGAUGAGGAUGUCUCGGAGUGCCUUCGCAACACCAAGUUGUCUGAGUACUUUAUGUCCCUUGGUCGCGAGGUGAACGUCCUGGAGCCAAAGAUUCCGGAAGAUAUUUACAAGAGCCACCUCGAGAACACCAGGUCCACAUUUGGAUCCGGACAGGUCGACUCAGCACAGCAGAACCUUGCUUCUACCUUCGUCAACGCCUGGGUGAAUGCUGGUUUCGGUCAGGACAAGCUCAUGCUUACCGAGGAGGAGUCCGCUUCGUGGAUCUACAAGAACAAGGAGUCCGGUAUGCUCUCUGCUGCUGCAUCCCUCGGAUCUCUCCUUCUCUGGGACGUCGAAAUGGGUUUGACCCAAAUCGACAAGUACAUGUACUCGUCUGAGGAGUACAUCAAGGCCGGUUCUUUGCUCGGUGUCGGUAUCGUCAACUCCGGUGUCCACAACGAGUCUGAUCCUGCCCUUGCUUUGUUGGCCGAUUACGUGGAGAACAAGAGCGUUGUACUCAGAACAAGCGCUAUCAUCGGUUUGGGUUUGGCAUACGCUGGAAGCAACAGAACGGAUGUUGUGGACCUAUUAUUGCCGAUCGCCGGUGAUUCUUCAUUGACCAUGGAGAUCUCGAGUGUGGCUGCUUUGGCUUUGGGUCUGAUCUGUGUCGGAUCGUGUAAUGGUGAUGUUACCUCUACUAUUGUUCAGACGUUGAUGGAGAGGGAUGAGUCUCAGCUCAAGGAUAAGUGGGCCCGCUUCAUGGCCCUUGGUCUUGCUUUGCUGUAUCUUGGCAAGCAGGAUGCCAGUGAUGCUACGUUGGAGACCCUUAAGGUUAUCGAGGCUCCCCUUGCCAAGCACGCUGGCGUUUUGGUUGAGAUCUGCUCUUAUGCGGGUACCGGAAACGUCCUCAAGGUUCAGGAGAUGCUCCAUUUGUGCAGUGAGCGCCUCGAGGACAAGAAGGAGGAUGCGGAUAAGGAGGAUGGAAAGGCUGAUGGUGAAGAGGCCGUUGAGAACAUGUUCCAGAGCUUCGCCGUUCUGGGAUUGUCGUUGAUUGCCAUGGGUGAGGAUGUCGGAAAAGAGAUGGUCUUGAGACAGUUUGGUCACUUGAUGCACUACGGAGAGCCAGCAGUCCGCAAGGCUGUUCCCCUCGCGCUCGGUCUGCUCAAUGCCUCUAACCCCGAGAUGACUGUCUUCGAGACUCUUUCGAGAUAUUCUCACGACAACGACCUCGAUGUUGCCAUGAAUGCUAUCUUCGCCAUGGGUAUUGUCGGAGCUGGAACCAACAACGCUCGUUUGGCACAGCUUUUGCGUCAGUUGGCAUCAUACUACCACCGUGAGCCAAAUGCAUUGUUCAUGGUCAGGAUUGCACAGGGCUUGUUGCACAUGGGUAAGGGAACAUUGACCGUGAAUCCAUACCACAACGACCGUCAAGUGCUUAACAAGGUGGCGAUCGCUGGAUUGCUCAGCGUUUCCGUGUCUCUCUUGGACGCAAGGGAUUUCGUUUUGAAGAACUCUUCUUGGCUGCUGUACCUUAUCACCCCUGCCAUGAACCCUCGCAUGCUUGUUACUGUUGACGAGAACCUGCAGCCUCUACCUGUUACCGUGCGUGUUGGUCAGGCCGUCGAUGUGGUUGGUCAGGCCGGACGACCGAAGACCAUCACCGGUUUCCAGACCCAUACUACACCAGUAAUUGUCGGCUAUGGAGAGCGAGCAGAGUUGGCUACGGAGGAGUAUAUCAGUGUUACGUCUGUGAUGGAAGGUGUUGUGAUCUUGAGGAAGAACCCGGCGUAUAUGGAUGAGUCGGCAUGA